AUGUCCUUUUUAAUUAGAACUAUUCGUUCUGGUGCAUUUAAAACAUCAAUUAGAAACACAAAUGCUGCUUUUCAAUCAUCAGCAUUAAACAGAGCUGAAAGACCACCAAUUCACUUUAAAGAUAAUAAAUAUGAUGGAGAGCUCCCAGAAUUAUUUGAAAUUAACCCAGACUUUAUGUCUCCAGAUGCCGAUGCUUAUUUAGAACAAGAUCCAGGCGUACAUGCCAAUUUCUUUUUUAAAUUCUUUGGUAUGUUAGCUGCUUUUGGUUUCACCUGCUAUUUACUUUGCGAUCCAAACAAUAAACAAGUUGUUGAAAGAGAUUUACCAUUUAAUAAUUUAUAUUUAGAAUAUGGUGGCGAUCCAAAUGUUGUUCCAGACGAAAAAGAAUGGAGAGUUAGAAUGGGUGACCGUCAAGCAAUCUAUAACAGCAAAAAAAAUUAA